CCCGCACGCUUUAGUGAGAGCGGUUGUGUAGCGCUAUUUGACGUGAACUCGAGCCGUUAUGUGGCGUGUUUCGAAACAAGUUUGACGUGAACUUUUAUAAAGUUUUAAGUGCAGCUGGAUAGUUUAGAAAUGUGCCCAUAUGAAGAAGUGACUUUAUAAACAGUGAUAGUUUAAGUGAGCAAAUAAAAAUGUUAUCGAUGGGAUUAUUUACAUUGUGGUAUGCGGCCUGGUGUUGUAUAUGUUCAGGGGCCAGUGCGGCAUCUUUGACGAGUCGAGUGGCAGAGGCACCUCAGGAGUGCGAGUGGCAGCGUGUGUCGGGCGGCGCGGGCGAGCCCACACGGGUGCAGCUAGCGUGCUCUCUGCGCACCGCCGCAGGCGCCACCGACCUGUUGGCUGGACUGAGCACUUCACAAGCGCAGCGAAUAACCGCGCUUGAUCUGCACUGCACCGAUGUUCUUCUAUUUGAAAGCUCUCUUGAUGUUGGUCGGCGAAAAGAGGAAGGAACGGAACUUUUAUCUCGAUUCCAUAACUUAAAAGAGAUGAAAAUAGAGUCAUGUAAAAUAAGAUAUGUGCCCUCGGCAGUGUUAUCACCUCUGAGUGGAUUACGCAGUUUGACUAUACGUACACAUAACACGGAUUGGUCAGCGAUGUCAAUGGAGUUUCAUCGGGAUUCUUUUCGAGGGCUUACCGAUUUGCGGUAUUUAGAUUUAGGAGAUAACAAUAUUUGGAUUCUUCCUCCUGAAAUAUUCUGUCCUCUUUACAAUUUAAAAGAAUUGAACAUAACUCAAAAUAGACUUCAGGAUAUAUCGAACUUGGGAUUUUCUGACUGGGGCAAUGGGCCAACGGCGCCCGGUAAAUCUUGUAAUACAGUACUAGAAACACUGGAUAUGUCGCAAAAUGAAAUAAGUGGUUUACCUGAUAACGGAUUAUCUAGUUUACGCGCUCUUCAGAAGCUACUUUUACAAAACAAUAGAAUAUCAACUGUUGCAGAUCGUGCCUUUGUGGGAUUAAGUGAUUUGCAGAUUCUUAAUCUGUCAACGAAUGCUUUAACUGGGUUACCUCCUGAAAUGUUUCAAUCAUCGAGAGAUAUAAAACAAAUAUACUUGAAUAACAACUCUCUUAGUGUGCUUGCGCCCGGACUAUUAGAAGGAUUAGAUCAGUUACAAAUAUUGGACAUGUCUUUUAAUGAAUUGACAAGUGAGUGGGUAAAUAGAGACACGUUUUCCGGCUUGGUUCGAUUGAUUGUUUUAAAUUUAUCUCAUAACAGAAUAACAAAAAUCGACGCAUUACUAUUUCAAGAUUUGAAUAACUUGCAGUUUUUAAGUUUGGAAUUCAAUAAUAUCGCUCGUAUAGCCGAUGGUGCAUUUGCUAAUUUAAAAAAUCUUCAUUCCCUCUCAUUAGCCCAUAAUAAUAUUAUUGAGGUUGAUACUAGUCAUUUCUCGAACUUGUACGUGUUAAACCAAUUGUUUUUGGAUGGCAAUAGAAUAACCAAAGUUGAUAUUCGUUCGUUCGAGAAUAUAACGAAGUUACAUGACUUGGGAUUAAGUGGUAACCAGUUGUCAGAAGUCCCAGAAGCUAUAAAAACGUUAAGAUUUCUAACCUCAUUGGACUUGGGCAUGAACAGAAUAACAAAAGUAUCAACUACACAUUUUGAGGGUUUGGAUGAUUUAUAUGGCCUGCGGCUUGUUGGCAACAAGAUCGAAAAAAUAUCAAAGGACACCUUUGCCGCUUUACCAUCUUUACAAAUACUAAAUUUAGCUUCAAACAACAUUGAUCAAAUCGAUGACGGUGCUUUCGCAUCUAACCUACAAUUAAAGGCUAUUGGACUUGAUGGUAAUAAGCUAGUGGAUUUAAAGGGCAUAUUCACUAACACGCAACCUCUCGUUUGGUUAAACGUAUCGAAUAAUGAAUUAUUAUGGUUUGACUAUAGCCAUAUACCGACAAACCUUGAGUGGUUAGACAUGCAUGAGAAUAAAAUAGAACGACUUGAAGAUACAUACGGCGUAAAAGAAACAUGUAAUGUUAAAAUGUUAGAUGUCAGUUUCAACAAGAUUAGAAAUAUCGACGAGUUUUCAUUUCCAAGUAGUAUCGAAACUAUAGUUAUAAACAACAACCACAUUGAAAAAAUAAAUCCGGGAACUUUUCUUCAAAAGUAUAACCUCAAUAAAGUUAUGCUUUAUUCUAACAAGAUUAAAACUUUAGACGUUGGGGCCUUUGCGAUAUCAUCAGUUUCCGAAGAUAAAGAUUUGCCUGAAUUUUAUAUCAGUGAGAAUCCAUUUGAAUGCGAUUGUACAAUGGAAUGGUUACAGAGAAUUAACCAAUUAAGUGAUCUCAGACAACGCCCUAGAGUAAUGGAUUUAGAAAGUGUAAGAUGCUCUCUAACUCAUUCUCGAAGCGAAUAUGAUAUGCUCUUACUGGAAGUAAAAUCAUCGGAAUUCUUAUGCGAGUACGAAUCGCACUGUUUUACUCUAUGCCAUUGUUGUGACUUCGAUGCCUGUGAUUGUAAGAUGACUUGUCCAGAUAAAUGUACGUGUUAUCACGAUCUCACCUGGAACUCCAACGUUGUCGAUUGUUCGAGUGCCGGCUACGAUCACGUGCCAGAACAAAUACCAAUGGAUGCGACCGAAAUUUACUUGGACGGAAAUGAUCUCAAUGAAUUAGGAAAUCACGUAUUUAUUGGUAAAAAACGCCUUCAAGUACUCUACCUUAACAAUAGCAACAUUAACACCAUAGAAAAUAAAACGUUUAAUGGAAUAGAAUCAUUGCGAGUUCUUCAUUUAGAGCAUAAUAACUUGGAAGUACUACGAAACACACAGUUUACCAGACUUCAAAAUCUUAAUGAGCUUUACUUGAGUAGCAACAAAAUCAAAGUUAUAGAGAAUGACACGUUUAAUUAUUUGCCGUCACUGGAGUUCUUAGACCUUGACAACAACGGUUAUGUUGAUUACAUGCCAUGGAGAGUAAUUACGGAUAACAAUCCACGCACGCGUGUCUCUGUAGAUGGUAACAAUUGGGUGUGUGAUUGUAAAGAUGUGGCGCAGUUAAAUCAGUGGCUCAUAAAAAAGUCAAAAGAUACCGAAAACAUGAUGUGCUACUUCGCUCACGGGCAACCUAUGAACAAAACCAUAGCCAAUGUAACUAAAGAAUGCAAGACUGAAGUUACCACCGAAGAAACGGGAACGGAAACCCUAAAAAGGCUAUUCAUUGAAUCAAAUGACGGUGUAGAAAAUUAUAUACCCUAUAUAGCAGCUGUAUUAAUAAUUACUAUUAUACUUUUACUUAUGUGCGCUUUGCUGUUCAUGUUUAGAGAAGAUUUUAAAUUAUGGAUGCAUUCGAAAUACGGAGUUCGAGUAUUUAGUUCAACUCCAAAGGACAUGAACGACAACAAGAAUAAACGUUUCGAUGCUUUCUUUGUGUAUAAUCAACGUGACGAAGACUUCGUGACUCGUGCAGUGAGUUCCGAGCUUGAGAAUUCGGGACACACAUUGUGUCUACAGCAUAGGGACUUGCCGUUAAUCGAGAGACGUUCAGGCGAUAGUCUAGUUAGUGCUUCAGAAAGUUCCAAAAGACUAGUGAUAGUUUUAUCGAUAAACUUUUUGCAACAUGAGUGGUACGCGCCCGAAUCAAAAGCGGCCGUACAAAGUGCAAUUAAUUCAGUGAAUGUUAGGCAUAGGCGACAAAAAAUCAUCUUCCUAGUGACGACAGACUUAAGUGCCAUAAACAUUGAUCCAGACUUGAAAGUGUUGCUUAAAACGUGUACAGUGAUAGUGUGGGGUGAGAAAAAUUGUUGGGAAAAACUAAAUUUUCGAUUGCCCGAUGUGGACGUGACAUUACCCAAUCGGACGCUUCAUAACGCGAGUAGUACGAAAUGUGGUAACAGGGAGGGGUUUGGGAGACAUGGGAACUUAAGGUACACGGCGCCUCCCACUUCUCAUGAUCCUUGGUAUAAGUAUGGGAUGGCGCCACCUAUACUGAUGAUGUCGAGUCCCAUGCACUCUACCAGUGCUAGUGCCGAGGUGUCGGCUCGCAGCACGGAGGACGAGACGUGCUCGGUGGCGAGCAGUGAAGGUCGGCCAGACGACCGCUUGCCCCAUCACCAUAGUUACGUAUCCAUAGAUAACCAUCAAUGCGAAGAGCGACCUUUAAGGCCGGCUCAACAGAUUCCUAUGUCGAACACAAGGCCUAACAAUGUAAGAAAGACUUAUUUUGUAUAAAACCUAAUUUUGUGAUUAUGUAAAUAUUGUUUUUAGUUGUUAAUAUAAUUAUUAUAUCGAAUCUAAUUUCUAUAUAACUUGAAUAUUUAACUUGGUGCUGAAAGGUAUAGAAACGUAACAGCAUAUAUCGAAUUUGUAAUAUAAACUCUACUUAAGUUAAUACUUGAAGUAUCUAGUUAUGUUCAUACAAUGUUUUGCAUUUAUAAAUAAUCGUACCUGUGUUAUCAUGACUGUCGAUGUUAUUUGCCUUUAUUUGUAGUAAAGUAAAAAAAUGCUAGUACAUUCCUCAUUUUUACAUAGCCUAUUAUUCAUAAGGUCCCUGGUCGUGUAAAUAUUUCGAAAGUAAUGACUAACUUGUGAUAAUUUAGGUACUUAUGUGAAGAUACAGUGAGAAUGAGCCGUGUAUUAUAUAUAAUGUACAAAGAUAAUGAUUUAUGAUUAAUCUUUCGAAGAACUGAAUUGUACCCUAGUCAAUUGUAAAUAAACAUCGUUUUUAAUAAUAAGCAUAUAAUUUGUGAUGUAAUUUUUAGCUAGAUUGUAUAAAACAACGUAUUUAUUACGCUUCCAAAUGCAGAGUAUAAAUAAAUUAAUAUUUUGUCUAAU